UUUCGUGAUAAAAGUGAAUUUUACGUAAAAGUUUCAUUUCAAAAUUUAAUACAAAACUGCCAAAAUCUGUGUAUAAAAUGGAACUCGAUCCGGAUAUUGUGAAAGAAUUUGAAAAUCUCGAAGUGUCUACUGAAAAACCAACUGAAGAGCAAUUACGUGAGUUCGACGCAGAUGCGCCAUUGCAGGUACCAGCCAAAACGCUACAUCCCACUUAUUCGACGAUACCGAAAUUUUUUCAUGCGCCACCGCCACAAAACAAUGCGCUGCGUCAAAAUCUGCGCAAAGAAGCACAAUCCCUCUUUCUACAGAAACGCUCACAAGAAUUACUGGAUAACGAUGAGCUCGGCGCAUUGUGGACUUUGCUGGAGAAACAUUGCACGCAAGUAACGCCUGUGGGACAGCAACUCAUCUGUUAUGAUGACUACCAAAAGUUGCUGGAGGCAGUGAGCACUAAAUGUCGCAAAUAUUUGACUGCACGUCUCUACGCCAAAUUGCAGUGCCAUUCCAUGUAUCCAGGUAAAGUUGAAAUCGUUUCCAUCUUCAAUUAUACAAUGCGUAAAGUGUGGCUAACACAGGGUCGCAUUGGGCUGUCGCUCUACGAUGAAAUCGGCCAAGGUUAUUUGCGCGAAAUCGAUAUGGAGAAUUAUAUUAUUGAUAUUAUACCGACAUUAACACAGAUCAGCAGUUGCGUGCAACCUUCUUUUCAAAGUUUCUAUGUCUGCACGGUGGUGAAAAAGUUUUUCUUCUUUCUGGAUCCAUUACAUACAGGGCGCAUACGCAUACGCGACAUACUCGCGUCGGGUCUGCUCACCGAAUUGCUAGAACUGCGCGAUGAGGAAACGCCAAAAGAGUCGCAGGAGCAAAACUGGUUUUCUAUGCCGUCGGUGCUUACUGUUUAUGGCAACUAUUUAAAUUUGGAUAAAGACCAUAAUGGCAUGCUGAGCAAACAGGAGUUGGCCGGUUAUGGCUCUGGCACACUGACGUCGGUCUUUCUCGAUCGCGUUUUCGAUGAAUGCCGUACUUUUGAUGGUGAAAUGGAUUAUAAAACUUUUCUCGAUUUCGUUUUGGCGCUUGACAAUAGACACGAGCCGCAAUCGCUGCAUUAUCUCUUUCGUAUAUUGGAUGUGCAACACAAAGGCUACUUGACGGCGCAAACGCUACACUAUUUCUUCAAAGGUAUACAAGAGCAAAUAAACGCGGUUAAUGCGGAAGCGGUGAACUUCGAAGAUUUGAAGGAUGAAAUAUUCGACAUGGUAAAGUCUAAGGACCCAUACAAAAUUACGCUGCAGGAUUUAAUCAAUUGUGGCCAAGCGGAAACUGUCGUGUCUAUACUCAUAGAAUUUCACAAGUUCUGGGCAUACGAAAAUCGUGAGGACGGCUCACAUAACGUUUAAUUUCAACGCAUUCAAAUAGUAACUUAAUUAUAAGCCUAAGAUAUUAUGUAAAUCGACUUUAGAUUAAGGCUAUGGGCUAUGCAGACAGCACAGUUGAAAGGCAGAGCAAUCACUUGUAGCACGGCGUUGUGCCGCUUGAACAAUAAGACUUUGAAUAUGUAAUGUGCUGCCAUUAUUAGGAUAUUCACUAAGCAGGUAAUAAGUAUCGAAAAGGUGUAGUUUCGACAUUUACUCUUAAGUGAUUAUAUUUAUACACAACAACAACAAUGAACAUUCCAGCAAAACGCUACGCAGUAAUUAUUUAUAUGAAAGUAUUUCUGUUUGUUUGUAGUUUUGUUGAUUAGCUACGGCCACCGGAUUAGUACCAGCGCAAAUUGUGGCUAUCGGUCGUAGCAGCGGUGAAACUAGUUAUUUUUCAUAAGUUAAAAUUAAAAUCCGACCGGCUUUUGUGCCACGCGUGUACCGUUUACGUUUUUAGUGUUUUGUUUUAUUUUAUUUAAUGCGCCAUUGUGCGCGCUGCAUAUUAGUUUUGACUAUUAAGUAGCUUUUAUCUUAAUUUGUUUUGAAGUACUUAAGUGUUUGUGUAUGUGAGGCUUAUUCAAACCCAUGCACAACAACAUCACCUGUCUUUUACGCGCUCAAAUAAUAUGUUAAUUUUAAAGAUGUUAUACGAUUAAAGCUUAAGUAUUAAAAUUUUAGUGCAAAUUUUAAAAUAAUU